UCGGCUCUGGUUCGGCACCGACGCGCACGCCUCCCACCUACCGCUGGUUGCUUCGACAGCUCGAACGCUCGUGAAGUCUCCUCGACACCCAAGACCACUCGAUUCGCCAUGAGCAUCAACAUGCGCUCCACCGGUGCGUCGCUGUCCUCCAUGUCUCUGUCCUCCGGAGGCUACUCCAGGAUGGGCGCGAAGCGCACCUCCAGCGUGUACGGCGGCGCCGGGGGGCAGAGGGUCCGGGUGUCCUACGCGUCGUCGGGCGCCGGCUUCGAGAUGGACAACGGCUUUGGGGCGUCUCUCAACGACAAGGCCACCAUGCAGAACCUCAACGACCGUCUGGCCUCCUACCUGGAGAAGGUGCGCUGCCUGGAGAGCGCCAACAGCAAGCUGGAGUUCCAGAUCCGGGAGUGGUACGACAGGCAGAAGCCGACCGUCAGGGACUACAGCAAGUACGAGGCCGUCAUCGCCGACCUGCGUAAAAAGAUCCACGCUGCCACGCUGGACAACGCCAGGAUCAUUCUGCAGAUCGACAACGCCAAGCUGGCGGCGGAGGACUUCAAGGUCAAAUCCGAGAACGAGAUGGCACUGCGCAUGUCUGUGGAGGCAGACAUUAACGGACUGCGGAAGGUUCUGGAUGAGCAGACCAUGAGCCGAGCUGACGCAGAAAUGCAGAUUGAGGGCCUGAAAGAGGAGCUGGUCUACCUCAAGAAGAACCACGAGGAGGAUCUGGCGGCCUUGCGUGCUCAAGUGAACCAGGGCUCUGUGAAUGUGGAGGUGGAUGCAGCGCCCCAACAAGACCUGGCCGCCAUCAUGGUGGAGAUCAGGUCCCAGUACGAGGGUAUUACCGAGAAAAACCGCCGCGACACGGAGGCCUGGUACAAGGGCAAGUUUGAUGAGCUGAACAAGGUGGUGGCAGUCAACACAGAGAGCCUUCAGAGCUCCCGCAGUGAGGUCACUGAGCUCAGUAGGACCUUCCAGGCCCUGCAGAUCGAGCUGCAGUCCCAGCUCAGCCUGAAAGACGCUCUGGAGGGGCAGCUGGGGGAGACGGAGAACCGCUACAGCCUCCAGCUGAACCAGCUGCAGGUCAUGGUCAACAGCCUGGAGGCGGAGCUCUGCCAGGUGAAGGGGGACAUCGGCAGGCAGGCCAGCGAGUACCAGGUGCUGCUGGACAUCAAGGUCAGGCUGGAGAUGGAGAUCGCCGAGUACAGGAGACUGCUGGACGGAGAGGAUGUGAGCCGAACUGUUGUCAUGGAAGCAAAAGCUGUCAAGGUGGUCGAGGUCAAACACGAGCCUGUUGUGACCAAGGUGGUGAGGACGGUAAUCGAGGAGGUGGUUGAUGGAAAAGUGGUUUCCCGCACAGAGGAUGUGGACACGGAGGUCAUCAACAGCUAAAGAGGCCGCUCCCUGCCAGACCUGGGUCCAAUAUAAUCCCUAGAUUGUUUUAAGCUCCUUUAAGUAUCAGAUGGAAGAGACUUACAAGAUCCCCGCUCAGGUGGCGUGAGGGAGACAUGUCAACAUUGGAUAAGCUGUCAAACACUUGGCUGUAUUUGCCAAACUGUCGCAGCACUAAUUUCCCAUUGUUCUAUGUGGCCAGUCCCACCCACGUGGCUCUAACAUGUAGCAAAACUCAGAGGGGGUGAAUAGACGUCCCAUAUGACCCAGGUGGAGCCACCCAAUAGUUUAUCCAAAAAUCCUACGACCCCCCCAACUGACCAAGUCUGUCUCCAGCCAAACUAGGCGUGUUUGAGCUGUGUAUUGCUUUAUGCAAAUACACGGCUUUCCCAUGAAAAUUAAGCCUUGAAAGAGUCAGAAGACAUGAAUGUUUGUCAUCUUUGAUCAUUUAUGGAGUUUUGCUUUUUAGUAGAACUAUUCCAAAUAUUGUACAACGUUGACACUCCAUCAUAAUUGGUUGUUUUGCUCGAAAAUAAAAAUAAAAGAUUGAAGUACAAA